AUGGAGUUUCCAGUCAAUGCGGAAACCAACGUUAGAGUCUUUGAUGAACUCUCAACUUGUUACUGGAGGGUAUAUGGUGUUAGUUCUGACGGGAAUGAUCUGGGAAACGAGGGAAUCCCAGUAUCUCAACUAUUUAACAAAGUCGAAAUAUGCACAUUGGCACUACGGGACUCAGGAUGCCUUACAUGUCCGUCUUCUGAUGGAACAGGACUUUGGGUGUUCUCUCCCGACCCUGAAUUUUCUAAAUUAAAAUCCUGUUCUUCAAGCCAGGGUAACAAUCCUGACAAAAUCAGAGUUGGACAAGUACAUAUACAAGAAAUAUUUAGUGGAAUAGUGUCUGUUGCCGAGCUUUCUCAGAAACUACAGUCCGAGCCUUCGGGCAGUAUUCUAAGUUCUACACAAACUAAGGAACGAGCGGGCAGCAGCAAGCUGAAAUUACCCAAGUUUUUGGAGCUAACGAAUGCUACUCUAUAUACGUCGUUCAUUAGCUCUAUUGCAUGGUCAAUAUCCCUUCAUUUGGCUAAAAACCACCAGGCAAUACCCCUUGGAAAAAGAACGUUUUUUACUGUUACAGAUUCCGAUAUACCACAUGGCGGAAAGCCAAACUCCAUGAUUUCAACACUAGAUAUUGAAACAUCUCAGAGCGGUAAGGUGGUCAUAUCACUUCGAUCUGAAUUCCAAACGGGAAUAACUCAGCUCUCCGAGCAACCGGGGCUGAACAGCACGGGCGACUUACGGCUGCAUGAUGAUGUAUGGCUUGCACCCACAGGCACAAUAGCUCGAUACAUAGGUAUAGGUGGCAGUGAGUAUGCAUUCGAAACCAGCACGCCGUAUCUCACUAAUAAAAAUGCAUACGGCACAAGAAAUGAUUUUCUGGGUGAAAGCCAGAACAUAUGGAAAUUGGCUGUUUGCUCCUGGAUUGAAAGAUCUGGGAUACCUAUAGAAAUAUCUGAUAGCAUGAGGUGGAUACAAGUUGAAAUAGUGGCCAGUCAUCAAUAUCAGCGUCUAACCAAGGCUGCUAGUACCCGAAGAAUUUAUUGGCCCGCUCAACUAUGUUUCAAAAGAGCACCGUUUUCCACCAGUUCCACGAUUCAAGGAGCUGAGACUUUGUCUCGUGAUAGCAUUGGCCCUCUACAGUAUGCACAUCAGUGGCUAAGCUGUUCUGCUCCCAGGGAUGAGGCUUUAAAGAGGAACCCUCCAUCAGAUGUGGCUCACUACCCUGUACAGGACCCCCAAAGCGAGAUAGCAUCACCUGAUGAUAUGGAUAUCCCAAAUAUAGCCGAGAGCAUGGCGAGGACAAUAGUAUACCCUGAUUUUCAACCCGCCGCGGUGUAUCCUACUCCUCCUGGAGGCGCAUUAGGCUUCGGGCAGCUUUCUUCUGAUAACCAUGGCGGGCAGUAUCCCCUUGACAUAUCUCAAGCCUCUAGAGAAGGGUCUGACCCAAAUAUAAAUGAACGCUUAAACCCCAACACUAGGUUGUUGCUAGAAGCAAGUUCUCCUGGAUUUGGUGUCGGAGUUGGGAUGUAUGACACCGCAGGCGAUGACGACUUGUUCGAAGAGAUAGGUGACAAUUUUGAUGACAAAGAAAUAACUGAAGCGGACUUUAACUUUUUUGAUGAACCUGGCCUUUCGGACUCAAAUCUGGACCUUGAUCCCGGACAUGUGAACCAUGGCUUUCUUAUUCCAGACAGCGACACAGCGGAUGUAAAGGCGGAUCUUGAAAUGAGUGAACCACCGGCCUCCACUGAACCACUUGAAGCUACUAAACACCAAGAGAUGGAAACUCCAACUCUAGAUAGUGGCUUGAAAGACGACCUGAAUCAAGUGUAUACAGAGGCUAGAAGCAGCCCACCUGUAGAUGAGGAGGAUGCGGAAAGAAAUACAGAACGCCCAAUAAGUCCACCACUCAGCCCGUCAGGAAUAAAACGUAUUCUAUUCUCAACAACUCGGGAGAACUCAAACGGGGUCGGAAACGGAACACCUUCUAUUACCAUGCUUUCAACGGAGGGCGAUACUGGACCAGGGCAACUUAGGAGCCGUUAUGACGCGGUAUCAUUUCAGCAUGAGCUUGACUCUUCCGACAGAAAAUAUGGAAUUGAUGGCAGAUUUUGGUUUCUCCCUGGCCCAAACAAUGUCAAUCAAAAUGCUGGUUCGGAUACAAUAAAAAUCCCCACCAUCAAUGAACUGCCCUCAUCCCUAUGUAAAGUAGGACAGGCAACAUACUCCUAUAGAGGAAAUCACAGCAUGGAUAGCCCGGAUAGUGAGCGAAGUUCGACUGCUAAUUCCUCGAACUCCUCAAUUUCAGGGGAUAGCUAUAGCCAACCUGAACUCAAUAUGAUGCGCCCCGUGGAUCCCAUCGAUGCCAGGUUAAGACGGGGUGAUUUGGAAGAAAUCUUCUCAGUUAGCUCUUCUCUCCAAAGUCCCGGAUUUAACGUUAGGAAGUCUUAUGCUACUCAAUCCGAUCUAGAACAGGAUGUGCUGUUAGCUGGACUUGUCCAUCCUUCUGCCGACUGGUCCCUUUCUGGUUAUUUCACAGCGUUUGAACCCACUGUUCGUUCAGCCCUAUGUAGUCGAGAUGAUAAAAUCCAUGUGGCUCAACUACUAGUUGAUCAAAUUACCCAAUCCAGCUUGGUGCACAAGAUGGAGAUUAUCUCUGAGCAAGACGAGAACGAUACCUGGCUCUCGUUUCUAGACGAUAUCGGCACUCUGGGCCAGUCUCGCAGGCCUAAUCUCAAAUGUUACGCAUCCAUAAGCGAGGGCAAUCAACAGAUGAAGGACGCAACCAGUGGUGCCAUCAUUAGCCUAAGACCACCGCAUAUACAUAUCCGGCGUGGAAGUUGUUCACUUGAUGUCUUACCAACUGCUAUCCCCUUUUGGGAAACAUUCGGCCUUGGGCCUCUCAAAGGGAAGAAGGAUAUUAUUUCAUACUGUUUGCAUCCAGUCUCCAUGCAAGAAGGUGCCAGUGCAUUUCUUGACAGGCUAGGCCUAACAUAUUUGGGUGCUAAUCUUGGUACAUGCUCGCACCCUGGGAGCACAAAGGGCUUAAUUCCAUGGUCCCUUAGCCAAAAUAAACUCGACUACUCCUCUAUUAUGCGAAAAUUACAACAUAUUUGCGAAAAUUUAGGAACCGCGCUGUCAAAUUUAACGAUGAACAACAAAAGUAUUGUUGUUUACAUUGUGAACCCUUUCAAGAUUGGUGCAGCUACAGUAGACAUAUGUGUGGCUUUCUUACGCCUCUUCCACAAGUAUAUAGAGGAGGCUGACAAGCGUGCAACUCGUCGUCUUAAUGAGCUGGUUUUGCAGAUCAUCCCAUCCGACUUCAUCACAGCUAAUGAUUCGCUGGUCAUACCAACACAAAACGACUACCUACGUCUUGCGCUAGAGGUCUACUCUCGCUGCCCUCCGCAUGAGCCCGUGUUAGAUAUGUUUGGGUGUGCUCCGGCAUUUACCUUAGCGGCCCCAAUUCCAAAGGUGAUUCCUUUUAGGUUGACGGUAGAUGAGGGUUCUCCCAUGGAUACUUCGCAGCCAUACCAUGUCGCAUAUUCUGUGAGCUAUGACCAGCGCUGGGUUACUGCUGCGUGGACCGAUAGCAUAGGUCUUCGCCAGUUAACUCUGUCAUACUCACUACGAGAGGAUAUUUCUCGCACUUGUCGAUCAAUGUCUGAGGUUAGAGAAGAUAUCUGGCAAACAACAGUAGAUAUGACAGGGCUAUCUCGCGGUCGUUGGCGUGUUGUCAUUGCUAGGGACGAACCAAUGGACGCAGAAGAAGUAGCAGCCUGGGUCAGUCUUGCAGCUCACCAUAAUCAACAUCAAUCCGGCCAAGUAGACUUGAUCCUACUUACCGUAAACACGAAGCCAAACCUACGUAUGAAGAUACCCCCCCCGCCUCCACAAUUAAAUAUACUCUAUCAAUCCGGCAACGCAUCGACUCCAGUUUCUACGCCAAAACAUAGCAUUUCUUCUCCCGACCAGUUUACUACCGCCCAGACCCCACCAAAUAUCUCCAGCUUCGCUGUCAAUACCCCAUCUUCAUCAUCCGAACUAGCCCAACCUCAGACCCAGCCCCAGUCUCAGGUUCAUCCAACUCAGAUAUCCGUAGAUCCCAACACUGAGACUCUUCUAGUCGAUAAAUCGGACGAUGCUUGGGCCCUUAUAUUAUCUCAACGCCUGAACAAUUCUCAAUCAUUCACUACUUAUACGCCUGCUCUCGCAAACGGGUAUCUUAUCUGUCGUUACGACCCGAAUUCCUCACAACAUUCUUUUGAAGGAUCUGCUAAGUAUAUACCGGGAUAUGGCCUCAUUGGCUAG